GAAUAUCAAAAUGGAAAAUUUCUUAACAGUCUCCACUCUCCAGUUUUGUAUAAAUAUGUGAAAGCCUGCUAAGCAUAAACCAUCACUCGCCUUUCUCUCUCUUCUGCAAAACGAAAAAAAAAAAGUGUGUGUUCGCCGGCGCUUAAUUCGAGGAGAUUUAGAGCGAGAGAAAACGUUGUGUUCGCCGGCGUUUAUUCCGAUCUGUUCAGUUUAACAGAAGAAGAAAAAAUCGGAAAUCGGAGAAUGGCAGCUCAACCGAAGAAUGUCGGAAUUCUCGCCGUCGAGAUUUACUUUCCUCCUACUUGCCUACAGCAGGAAGCAUUGGAGGCUCAUGAUGGAGCAAGCAAAGGGAAAUACACAAUUGGUCUUGGACAAGAUUGUAUGGGCUUUUGCACUGAGGUGGAAGAUGUUAUAUCAAUGAGUUUGACAGCAGUUACUUCCCUUUUGGAGAAGUAUGCUAUUGAUCCAAAGCAAAUUGGUCGUCUAGAGGUUGGAAGUGAAACCGUAAUUGAUAAGAGCAAAUCCAUCAAGACAUUCCUGAUGCAAAUAUUUGAGAAAUCUGGAAAUACUGACAUUGAAGGAGUCGACUCAACUAAUGCAUGCUAUGGGGGAACUGCCGCAUUGUUCAACUGUGUGAAUUGGGUCGAAAGCUCUUCAUGGGAUGGUCGCUACGGACUCGUUGUGUGCACUGAUAGUGCGGUCUAUGCUGAGGGAGCUGCUCGGCCUACUGGAGGUGCAGCAGCAAUUGCUAUGCUAGUCGGGCCAGAUGCUCCUAUUGUGUUCGAAAGCAAGAUUAGGGCUAGCCAUAUGGCCCAUGUCUAUGAUUUUUACAAGCCCAUACUCGACAGUGAAUAUCCAGUGGUUGAUGGCAAACUUUCACAAACUUGUUAUCUUAUGGCACUUGACUCUUGCUACAAGAGCUUAUGCAACAAAUACGAAAAAUUGGAGGGCAAGCAGUUUUCAAUUGAUGAUGCAGCCUAUUUUGUUUUCCAUUCACCAUACAACAAGCUUGUACAGAAGAGCACUGCUCGGUUGAUGUUCAAUGACUUUACAAGGAACGCUAGUUCCAUUGAUGAGUCUACUAAAGAAAAGUUGGCACCAUUUUCAUCCCUAACUGGUGAUGAGAGUUAUCAAAGCCGUGAUCUUGAGAAGACAUCCUGGCAAGUAGCAAAACCAUUUUAUGACGAGAAGGUAAAACCGGCCACAUUAAUACCAAAACAAGUUGGCAACAUGUACACCGCGUCUCUCUAUGCUGCUUUUGCAUCCCUCCUUCACAAUAAGCACAGCUCAUUGGCUGGACAGAGGGUAGUAUUGUUCUCUUACGGGAGUGGAUUGACUGCAACAAUGUUCUCAUUAAAGCUUCACGAAGGUCAACAUCCUUUUAACUUGUCAAACAUCGCAACUGUGAUGAACAUUGAAGAGAAACUGAAGUCGAGGCAUGAGUUCACUCCUGAAAAUUUCAUCGAAACUAUGAAGAUAAUGGAGCACAGGUACGGGGGUAAGGACUUUGUGACGAGCAAGGAUUGCAGCCUUCUAGCUCCUGGUACGUACUAUCUAACAGAAGUCGAUUCGAAGUACAGAAGAUUCUAUGCAAAGAAAUGUGCUGAGAAUGGACUUGCCAAUGGUCAUUGAAUAUAAGUCCUAGUAUGAUAUAACUUCCAUGAAUUUUGCUUGUACUCUUUUAAUUAUAUAAUUGCUUCAUAAUAACAUAUAGUUUCUUUCUACUUCCCAACAAAUUCAAUAUUUGUUUCUUGUAUUCUCA